GCAACAAUAAACGAUAGGAGGAAGAAUCUCUACUAUUAGUCACUGCAUAAAAAUCAAUUUUCUUUUAAAGCUAAGUUUAUAUAAAUCUUUCAAAUACUGUUUUCACAAUUACAUCGCAAAGCACAUAACCGCGUGGGAAACACCGACCCACUUCCGUGAAACGAGAAAGUGCACCAAAAUUUUUUGAAGCUGCACCUAAGUAAAACGGUCUGCUAGCAAAAUUUGGACAUUAUCACUUCCUCUCUAACCUAACAAAUCUUCAAAAAAUUUUGUUUGAGGUUACGGAAACGAUGGAAGAUCGCGUAGAAACCACCGAUUAUAACUGCCAGUCCUGCGACCGACCAGAUACUGCCGAAAAUGACAUGGUCCAGUGUAACCUAUGCAAGCUGUGGAAACAUUUCAGCUGCGCAGGUGUGGAUGAUCGUAUUAAGCAACGUAGUGCCAAGUAUAUCUGUAGAUCGUGUAAUGAUAACUAUUUGAAGCCUCAGGAUGAAGCACAUCCGGGUAAAGGACAGAAAGUCGCCUCUAAGACGAGUUCUAAAAGAGGAAAGAAAACCACCGUUCCUCCGGGAAGUGUAUCUUCGAGCAUACGUAUCGCGCUCCUAGAGGAAAAACUAAAACUGGUCGAGGAAGAACGACAACUGAAAGAGCAGGAGAUACUGGAACAAGAAGAGAUCAGAAAUCGACAGCUGCAAGAAGCAGAACGGCAGCUGGAAGAGCAACGGCAAAUCGCUGCAGCUGAGAAGGAGAUACGUGAACGUAAACUGCAGGCAGAAUUGGCAGCGAAACGGAUGCAACAACAGAUUCGAAAAGAGUCGUACGAGAAACGUCAGGAAAUUAUUCGGCAACUGGCCGGAAAUAGUAGCUACAGUGAAUCGAUUGCGGAACCGACAAAAAAAGUGAGGGACUGGCUUAAAUGCCAGCAACAAUCGUUUAGAAACAAUCAACAUAACAAUGAAAUGGAACGAGAAUGCAACGGAGCAAGUGAGUUUUCUGAUGAAUUGAAAAGUUACAAAAUAGUCACACCAGUACCGUCCAACGAUAGCGCUCCCACCUGAAGACAUUGAAUCGGUACUUCCCACCAGCGUUGCCAGGUCAUUUUUUUAAAAAUCUGGAAAAGGCAAAAUAAAAAUCUGGAAAAAAUCUGGCGGUCAUUUCGUGGGGUGAAAGGUUAAUUUUUCGGAUAAAAGUCUUGAGGUACGCAAAAUUUGACGUGACAAAAUUGCAAAAUUUCGCGCUAAAAUUGAAGUGAUGACCUUUUUGCGGAACAGAGAAAAUAAAAUCUGGAUAAAAUCUGGAUCAUCCAUGAAAAAUCUGGAUAAUUGGACAUCAAAGCUGUCUACCUGGAUACAUGUUCAAAAAUCUGGAUAAUCCAGCUAAAUCUGGAUACCUGGCAA